AAAGUUUGUGCCAAUUUGCCUUAGUAGAACAACAAGUAGUUUUGAGCAAAGUGUACCCUUGAUUAGCUUUCUAUCAGCUGGCAAUAAUGAUUUUACAAUUUUCCUGCUAAGCCAGGUCCCCAGGCAGCCAAUCCUCUGUGAGGACUGGCACAUUCAAAUUUGCAUAUCAGGGCGUGAGCGUGUGAGUGAUGGAUGGCCAGUCCAUCUAUGGUCGUGCCAUCAGUUACCCCCGUGCCAGCUAUGUUCUGAGUGAACGAGUGGUCCAUUUAGCUCAGAAUUCAUAUGAUUACAACCAAUGCGUAUUGGAAUAAAAGAAAUAAAUGUGAGAAGAACAUGUCAGUAGAUGCUGCUAAAAAGCCUCAUGGCAGUGGGGUUAAAGAACUUCCUGAAUCGCUGAGUCAGUGCAGUGCAGUGACCCGAGCCUUUCACUGCAGCUCCUGCUAUUGUAUGAGGAUGCUUAGGUGGCUGUGUUAAUUUAAUUUAAUUGUUAAUCCAUUUUAGAAUACAACUUUCCCCUCCUCUUCUCUGCACAAUGUCUAUCUGACUCCACAUUUUGCAGACUGUCCAGCACUGUUUUUUUGGUUUGGUGAACUCUUUACCUGUUCCUUGGUGUCCAGUCAGUUAAAUAAAUCUAUCAUAAUGCAUUGCAUUUUAACAUAAUGAAUUAUGAUUAUUAAGUUAUGAUUUUUAACCGUUAUUUAAAAUUCAAAUGAUCCUGUUUGGAAUAUUUAUUCAGCUUAUAUAAGUAAAACUCUGCUUUUUUUUGUAGCAAAUAAAUACUGUAUGAGUAUAAUUAAAUGAACUUCAAAAUUUUAAUGUCUUCAAUGCCCAUUUUGUGUAAUGAAGGAAUUUCCCACUACCCCUGAACGCCACUGUUUUCUUUCAUCUCCGGCUCACUCCUGCACCUCCGCACACUACCCGCGAUUGCUGAAGGUAAGACCUACUUCUCUGCUUCUCUGAAAUGAAAUGUUUAUAAGCUUUUUGAGUGAUUUACCGAGUUGUAGUUAGUGACUUUUAAAGUCAGGCGAAGUAUAAGUCAUAUUAAAGCAACACAAUGGCUGCUUUUUAAUGAAAAGUUGUAAUUUUAGUAUUUUAAAGGACUGUUUGAGAAGCUAGCCCUGACAACUCAAUGCUAAUGCCUAGCGCUAUAGGCCCAGUAUAAAAUGAAGUUGGUUUAUUUGACUGUUUACAUUUAUUGUUUUGUUUUAUUAGCUUCAUUUGGUGUGUUAGUGUUUCUGAGUCUGUUACAGAAGGUCCAGUUAGUUCUUCUCUUCCCAAAUUAGUCGGUUAAAACAGCCUCAUUCUUUAGGUUGUAAGGUUAUGUGAUGUAAUGAGCCGCCGUCUUAGAACCACUAAUUAGCUGCUGAAGCAGCAGGUUUGGCAACUUAAAAGGAGUCAUUUUACCGCCUCUGACUGAAUGCGGGGAGAGAAAGAGUCACGUGCCUGUGUGUGCAUUUGUCUGUGUUGCGGGUUAAUUAAGGGAAGGGGGAGAAAGACUGAGAAUAAAACACAUAGUUACAUACAAGAAUAAGAAGGAGACUCUAAUUUUUAAGAACCGUUUAGCAAACGUGUGUUUGUGCUGUCUCACUUUUAAAUAAAAAGCUAAAUAUGCUGCUCUGUUUGACUUCUCACUUUGUGGAAAAUUAAUAAAACAAAAAUGGCCCACCUUCAAAUAAAUAAACUGUAGCAGCGGGCCAUUAAUAUUAUUAAUGUUUUAUGUAGAUAUUUAUUUUUAAACAACAGCAUAUUAAUAUAUAUACUAAAUGAUACUGUGUGCAGUUGAUAACAUUUUUAGGAAGCAGAAUUUGAAUGCAGGGCACCUCAAAUGUUAAAACCUACAAAUAUAUCAUCUAAGCUUUCAUUUAUAAUUGUUACAUGCUUUGAAAUUGUUAUGUCACCACUUGAUAAAGUGUGCAGUGCUAGGUGUAGCAAAUAAUUUCUAAUGAUAUUUACUGUCUUAUCUAAUAGCACCAAAGUAUUAGAGCUUCGUAUAUGGGACGGUUGUCAGUCAUCCAGGUCAUUGUAGUCUAAGAAGCUUGGAAAGGAAAGUGUCUGGACUUCUUUAAGUUGUGUGAAGCCUUUUACCUCGCAUCUAAGAAGAAGAUUCUCAGACGAGUGAAUCAGUGAAGAACUUAAAGAUGUCUAGACGCUUUUCUUUCCAAGCUCCUUAGAAUAUCACAGCUUAACAUUACUAAGAAACUUAUGUGGCUUACUGCAAGUGGAUGUAAUUACAUAUUGCUUUUAAUGAACAUGGCAAUUUUUAAUAAGGUUUCGAAAAAAACGAAAACAGAAGAGUUGUUGUUUGUAUUCCAGAGACUACAGAGAGUGAUGUAGCAUUGACUCUUAUGGUGAUUUUAAUUGUCUCAUUCUGUAUUUUUGUUACUUGUCUUUUGUUAGACGGAGUGAAAUACAAGCUUGAUUUUGUCAUUUGUGACUGCUAAACUGAUCUGAUCGUCUCAAGUCUGGUGACCUGCUGCAGAAGCUCGCUCUCUCUCUCUCUCUCUAUCAUUAACAAGCCAUUCAGUCUGUCCUAUCACUCUCCCCACUCUAUCUAUUUUGACAAGCCGUUCUAUCUUGCUUCACUCUAUCCCACAAGCUCUAUCUAAGUUAUCAAAAAUCACGUUUUUAACUGGAAUCAACUUUUGACUGGAAUCAAGUUUUGACUGGAAUAAUCAAGUUUUGACAUGGUCCCAAUUUUUGGGAAAUUGAAGUUACCAGUACUUCAUCUAUCUGUUACAGAAUUCUGAGAGAUCUCUGCUCUCACUGCUCCUUCUUUCCUAUCGUUAAACUCUCUCACAUCCAGUCUUUUUGCUGGAAAUUACAAGUAGAACGUUGAAAUUACAAUAGUAGAAUUACAGUACAGUAGAAACUACUUACACAGCUGUAGAUUUGUAAUUUUAAUUUUUACUUGGAACACUUAGGAAUAAACACUGAUAGUUUGGCUUAGAGGUGCAAUUACUUUGAUACAUUAUAUAAAAUUUACACCUUAAAGGUUUUUUUGUAAUAAGAUAAACUUGUUAUAUUAUACAACACAUUCAGACUGCUGUAUUCACAAAAAUAUUAAAUCAGAUAACUUGAGAUACAUUUUGCUAGUCUGUUUCAUUGUCAGUAAAAUUGGACUAUAGUAGGGUUAUACUAUUAUUAUUUAGGGACAUUUCUGUUACUCAGUGUAAGUGUUCAGACACAAUUGCCAUCGAGAAGCUGCCCUGAGGACCCAGACUUCCUGUUUCCUGACUGCUGCAGAACAUCCAGCUGAAGAAUCCUCAUUGCCUGUCAUCUGAUCACCACACCAUCACAGCUCCUUAUAUUUGCUUUAAAUUUUAAAUAUCUGAAAGAUUUACACAAAGUCUACUUUAAAAAAAAAACGACUUUUAUUAUAGCCUGUUGAUUAUUGUGAUUUAUUCUGUAUGUCCCUUUACAGAAGCUAAGAUCUAGUCAUUAACAAGUCUGGUUAAAAUAUAAGAAGUAAAAAUAUUCUGUUUUGGAAAAAGCUACAAUAAAACUGAGCAAAGUGUUUUCAAAGAACUGAAUGUCUUUUAUAUUGAGUUUGGAUUAAAGUCAACCUUUUACAUCUAUUUACAUAUUUAUAAGAACAUUGGAACAUUUUUAUAUUUAUAUUGACAUUUUUUUCAGAUUUAAUACUAACUUGAAGAGUUAUUAGUUCUUCACUGUUUCCAGGUUGAGUUUUGUUUAUAUCUUUGUAUAAAUACAUAUAAGCUUCAGUUUGUACUUCGAUAAAAUGCCAAGAAAAGGUCAAAGGUCACAGUCCCAGAAGCUUAGAUGGCAAAAGCAGAAAGAACAGGUAAAUUUUUCUCAGACCGGUGAGCAGGUAAAGGUGUGUGUUACAAGUAUUCCUGGUCCAGAAGUGCAGAGCAGCGUUCAGACAGCCACACCGUCUUAUGCAGAUGUGGUAAAGAGAGGUGUUCGCUCAGCAUGUGUGCCAAAUGCUAAAGUACAGCAGGUAAUUCCGAUUGAACCCCAGGUAACUGUGCAAACGCAGCAUGAUGGAGAAGCUCCAGGACCGUCUCAUGUACAGGUUACAAACAGUGAAACUCGUCCACGAGUGAGUAGCAUCUGUGCGUCCCGAAGCCAGGCUUCUCCUAGGUAUGGAAAGUACCGGAAUCAGCAAUGCAUGGCUAACAGUUUGGUUUUCCUGUCAUUCUUACACGAGGAUGAAUUCAUAACCAGAGCAGAUCUAAACCGUGUGUUGGACAAAGGCCAUGCCGUGUAUUCAGAUGCCAGAAAGAGGUUUGUGAACAGCGUGUUUCUAGCCUGUGAUGAGCUUCCCACAGUGGUCACCAGCCGCAGACACGAGUAUCAAGUGGACAUGUCUCAGUUAGCUCAUUAUGGCACAUUUGAUGGUACAGAUCAUUUUCCGAGCCUUGAACAGGGACUACAGUGUUUGGCUUCAGACGUUCGCUACGCUCUGCUACUCAUGGGAGGAACAGUCAUCGCAGUUUGCAGGCUGACUUCUGGUGAAUACGGAUAUUUUGAUCCUCACCCACGUAAGUCUACAGGAAUGCCAUUGUUGCUAGGUGUAAGUGGUGGAACUGCAGUUAUGUUAAAAUUCACACGUCUUAAUGACAUGAUUGACAGGAUCAAAUGCUUGUACCGAAUGUUUAGCAUCGCACCAACCUGCACUUAUGAGCUACAGCCUGUCGAGUUUCACAGUGAAAACACUGCUGACCAAAGAGAUGCUGAUCAAACCAGUGAAUACAGACAACCUGCUACAAGUGAUCCAGCACCAGUUUUAAAUCAACCUGUUCUUGAAUUAAACUCCCAAACAUCCACUGAGCAAACACAGAAAACUGGGAUCAACACUUUAACCAUGGAAGUGAUGUCAUCCAGAGUGGAUUAUUCAAAUGAGACAGCUACUGCUGAGAUUAACCAGCAUCCUGAUUAUUUUGAAAAUGAAACAUCUGCAUCUUCUGUGAGAGACUCUCAGGUAAAAUCAGAUUAUGCUCCUCAGAAUGAUACAAACAUUGCCUCCUGUUCAACUAAGACAACACAGGAACUCUCAAAUAAACUGUUGAAAU